AUGCCUUGUUUCAAGCAGCCUACGCACUUCCAGAGUCUGAUACUUCUGCAAUGGCCCUUGAGCUACCUUGCCAUAUUUUGGAUCUUGCAGCCAUUAUUCAUUUCCUUGCUGUUUACAUCCUUGUGGCCACUGCCAGUGCUUUACUUUACCUGGCUUUUCCUGGAUUGGAAGACUCCAGAGCAAGGAGGCAGGCGUUCAGCCUGGGUAAGGAACUGGUGUGCCUGGACCCACAUCAGGGACUAUUUCCCCAUUACGAUCCAGAAGACUAAAGACUUGUCGCCGGAGCACAACUACCUCAUGGGGGUUCACCCUCAUGGUCUCUUGACCUUUGGAGCCUUCUGCAACUUCUGCACUGAAGCCACAGGCUUCUCAAAGAUCUUUCCAGGCAUCACUCCCCACCUGGCCACACUGUCCUGGUUCUUCAAGAUCCCCUUUGUCAGGGAGUACCUCAUGGCCAAAGGUGUAUGCUCCGUGAGUCAGCCAGCAAUUGACUACCUGCUAAGCCACGGCACUGGCAACCUUGUGGGCAUCGUGGUAGGAGGGGUGGGAGAGGCCCUUCAAAGUGUGCCCAACACUACCACCCUCAUCCUCCAGAAGCGCAAGGGGUUUGUGCGCACAGCCCUCCAGCAUGGGGCUCAUCUGGUCCCGACCUUCACAUUUGGAGAAACUGAGGUAUAUGACCAGGUGCAAUUCCAUAAGGACAGCUGGAUGUACAAGUUCCAGAGCUGCUUCCGCAGAAUCUUUGGUUUCUAUUUCUGCGUCUUUUAUGGAAGAGGCUUCUACCCAGGCACCAGUGGGCUUCUGCCUUACUCGCUGCCUAUUGUCACUGUAGUUGGGGAGCCUUUGCUGGUGCCCAAAAUUGAAAAACCAAGCCAGGAAGUGGUGGACAAAUACCAUGCACUCUAUAUGGAUGCUCUGUGCAAACUCUUUGACCAGCACAAGACCCAGUAUGGCUGCUCAGAGACCCAAAAGCUGCUUUUCCUGUGACUGAAUGAGCUUGCAUGCCCAAAAAAGUGUGCCUUGGAGAGGAAACUCAUUUACUGCUAACCAAGAGGAGGAGAAAAGGAGAUAAGGGAAGGCUAUGUGUAGUAGGGGAGGACAUUAAGAAUUCUUUCCUUGUCCAAAGCCCUCAUAGUUGCUGUCCCAGGGAGCUUCACUCAGUCAUUCCACGAAAGGGAGCAUCCUGAGGCCCCUCAGGUC